GCGCGACGCGGGCUCGGCGCUGCUCGCCGGGCGAAGGAGCGCAGCGCAGACAAAGUUCGACAAUUCCAUCGAGGCGCUGCCUUUUCCGAGGCGCUCGCCAGACAUCAGCCCGUUUAAUUGCGGCUUCUGGGGUUGCGUCAACCGCCGCCUCCGCAAGCAGCAGGAGGCCAUCCUGACUCCUCUGGUGAAGUCCAUGGGCCGGCGCUGCAAGGACACGGGGAACAUGCGAAGUUCAUGCCCAGUCGCCGCGGUGGGGCGCCGGGACUUCGGGCCA